CGUCUGGAGGCGGGGCCUGGACUCCUCCCCUUUAAGGCGAGCGGCCGGGCGGGGCCCUGAAGACUUUUUUACCGUGCGGCCGGCGUCCUCCGGCACAAAAACGACUUAAAGGAGACGCGUGGCGCGAUGGCGGCGGCCCCACGCGCGCGACUGCGGCGCGGAAGGCCGCUCCCGGCGCUGCUGCUUCUGCUGCUGGCGCCACUGCCGCCGGGAGGCCCGCCGGGCGCCGACGCCUACUUUCCCGAGGAGCGCUGGAGCCCGGAGUCGCCCCUGCAGGCGCCGCGCGUGCUGAUCGCGCUGUUGGCGCGAAACGCGGCCCACGCACUGCACACCACGCUGGGCGCACUCGAGCGGCUGCGGCACCCGCGGGAGCGCACGGCGCUAUGGGUGGCUACAGACCACAACAUGGACAACACGUCAACUGUGCUGCGGGAGUGGCUGGUGGCUGUGAAGAGUUUGUACCAUUCUGUGGAGUGGCGGCCAGCGGAGGAGCCCAGAUCCUACCCAGACGAGGAGGGCCCCAAACACUGGUCUGACUCACGCUACGAGCAUGUCAUGAAAUUGCGCCAGGCUGCCCUGAAAUCAGCUCGAGACAUGUGGGCUGAUUACAUCCUGUUCGUAGACGCAGACAACCUGAUCCUUAACCCCGAUACGCUGAGCCUGCUCAUCGCUGAGAACAAGACGGUGGUCGCCCCCAUGCUGGAUUCCCGGGCUGCGUACUCCAACUUCUGGUGUGGAAUGACUUCCCAGGGCUACUACAGGCGCACACCCGCCUACAUCCCCAUCCGCAAGCGAGACCGCCAGGGCUGCUUUGCGGUUCCCAUGGUGCACUCGACCUUCCUGAUCGACCUGCGGAAGGCGGCGUCCAGGAACCUGGCCUUCUACCCACCCCACCCCGACUACACCUGGUCCUUUGACGACAUCAUCGUCUUCGCCUUCUCUUGCAAGCAGGCCGAGGUACAGAUGUAUGUGUGCAACAAGGAGGAAUAUGGCUUCCUGCCGGUGCCGCUGCGUGCCCACAGCACCCUCCAGGAUGAGGCCGAGAGCUUCAUGCACGUGCAGCUGGAGGUCAUGGUGAAGCAUCCGCCACCGGAGUCCUCCCGCUUCAUCUCAGCGCCCACCAAGACGCCAGACAAGAUGGGCUUCGACGAGGUCUUCAUGAUCAACCUGAAGCGGCGGCAGGACCGGCGGGAGCGCAUGCUGCGGGCACUGCAGGAGCAAGGGAUCGAGUGCCGGCUGGUGGAGGCCGUGGACGGCAAAGCCAUGAAUACCAGCCAGGUGGAGGCACUGGGGAUCCAAAUGCUGCCUGGCUAUCAGGACCCCUACCAUGGCCGGCCCCUCACCAAAGGCGAACUGGGCUGCUUCCUGAGCCACUACAAUAUCUGGAAGGAGGUGGUGGACCGGGGGCUGGAGAAAUCGCUUGUGUUUGAGGACGACUUGCGUUUUGAGAUCUUCUUCAAGAGGCGCCUGAUGAACCUCAUGCGGGAUGUGGAGCGGGAGGACCUCGACUGGGACCUCAUCUACGUGGGCCGGAAGCGGAUGCAGGUGGAGCACCCCGAGAAGGCUGUGCCCCGUGUGAGGAACCUGGUGGAGGCCGACUACUCCUACUGGACCCUGGCCUACGUGAUCUCCCUGCAAGGCGCCCGCAAGCUGCUGGACGCCAAGCCACUCUCCAAGAUGCUGCCUGUGGACGAGUUCCUGCCUGUCAUGUUUGACAAGCACCCAGUGUCCGAAUACAAGGCCCACUUCUCCCUCCGCAACCUGCGCGCCUUCUCCGUGGAGCCGCUGCUGGUCUAUCCCACACACUACACAGGGGACGACGGCUAUGUGAGUGACACAGAGACCUCAGUCGUUUGGAACAACGAGCAGGUCAAGACUGACUGGGACCGCGCCAAGUCCCAGAAGAUGCGGGAGCAGCAGGCGCUGAGCCGGGAGGCCAAGAAUUCAGACGUGCUCCAGUCCCCGCUGGACAGUGCUGCCCGGGAUGAACUCUGAGGGGUGGCAGCCAGAAAGCCAAAGCAGCCGUUGCUGGCCCAGUCCCCAUGUGCUCACUGAGGACAUUGGGGCCACCUCUGGACCCCUUGGCAGGCCACGGAGGGCUCUCCAUGUGGGGUGGUGUCCAGCCAGCUCUUGCUAAGCAAUCACGUACACAGGCAGCAUACGUGGAGUGCCUACCACAUGCCAGCAACGGGGCCUGGCACCAGGGAAUUGGGAUGAACUAAACCCUCUUCAUCUGUUCAUGUGCCCAACACUUAUUAAGCACCUGCGGUAUACCAGGUUCCCCUGUUACGGCAGUGAAUGAGGCAUAAUUAUUCCCCCCAUCAGUGAUCGAGUCAGUCAUCAGGCAGUUGCUGAUCAGAUUAAGAAGCAGGCACUAGUGAUUCACUCAUUUUUAAAAUUCACCCAAGGAUUUAGUAAGUGCCUGCUGUGUGUUGGGUGACAUUUGAGGCUCUGGGAGUUUUUUUUUUUUUUGAGACAGAGUCUCGCUCUGUGGCCAGGCUGCAGUGCAGUGGCUUGAUCUCGGCUCAGUGCAACCUCCCUCAUCCUCCCUGGUAGCUGGGAUUACAGGCAUGUGCCACCACACCCAGCUGAUUUUUAUAUUUUUAAUAGAGAUGGGGUUUCAUCAUAUUGGCCAGCAUGGUCUCCAUCUCUUGACCUCAUGAUCUACCCGCUUCAUCUUCCCAGAGUGCUGGGAUUACAGGCUUGUGCUACUGCACCUGACCUUUUUUGUUUGUUUUAACAAAGAAUCUUGCUCUGUCACCCAGGGUGGAGUAUAGUGGUGUGAUGUUGGUUCACUGCAGCCGAUGCCUGCCGGGUUCCAGCGAUUCUUGUUUCUCAGCCUCCCAAGUAGCUGGGACUACAGGUGCACACCAUCACGUCUGGUUAAUUUUCGUAUUUUUAGUAGAGAGGGGUUUUCACCAUGUUGGUCAAACUGGUCUCAAACUCCUUAUCUCAAGUGAUCUGCCCACUUCGGGCUCCCAAAGUGCUGGGAUUCCAGGCAUGAGCCACUGUGCCCAGCCCACGCUCUGGGACUAUUGAGAUAAAUAAGAUCCUUCCAUCCAUUUAUUCAAGCACAUAUUGAGCACCUACUGUGUGCCUGGCAUUCACGUCACAGGGAUAAGUUCUGGAUUCGGUACAGUUUCUGAGUACCUGCGGUGUGCAGGGAGCUGAGCUCUGGGAUGGGAAUGGAAGCAAACAAGGUACUUUUCACCUUUUUCCUUUUUCCCUCACUGCUAGACGGUGUGGGAACUUUUCCCUCUUUAAUUGGCUUCUUGCCCACACACCUCAAGAGCACUGACUGUGUGCCAGGCACUAGUGAUACAAGAGUGUGACAGCUGCUCAGUCUGCAUUUUUCAUCAUCCGCUGGGCGUUGGGCUACAUGCCAAGUGCCAGGGCAUAGAGAUGAACGAGAUCGGUCCCUUCUACAUCCACAAGUAUUUGAGCACCGUGUGCCAGGCCUCACAGACUCCCAUUUGGGUUGAAGGGUGGUUGACUGAUGUUUGAUUCCUCCUGUGUCCCUGGUCAUCUGAGCUGUGUGCAAAUACAUCCCCCCAUCACCCAAGAGGGAGGGUAGCUCUUCCCCCACCGGGGCAACCACAGGUCCUGGUGGCCCCACGGUCACAUGUCAGCCCCCCUGGAGGGGGUGCCCGUUGGAGACAGGGGCUGGGUGUCCCUUGCCCACCCCUGAUUCCCUGUGUUUUGCCUCCCUGCCCUUGUGUCUCAGGUGUGAUCCCUGCCUGCUUGAUGAAGUUGCUCUGUUCAAGCUUUCGGAGGGGUCGUGUGUUUGGGGGCUUUUCGGGGGCUCAACUGCACUGGGGCACUGCCCGUGGCCUGGGCGGGACAUUUCCCAACAAGGGCCAGAGGAGGUGCUGUGCCUUCAGCCUGAAUCGAAUGUCAGAACCAGCCAGCGGUGCUUCACCUUCUGGGGGUAACUUGCUUAUAUUUUAAAUAAACGUUCCUGGUUGGUUUUCACAGAA